CUGCUAAUGUCAUUCGCCGUGUCUCGGUGUGUAUGUGUGUGUGUGUACAAUUUGUUCUACUACUUUCGUUUUUUUUAAAGUUCGGAAUCGGUUCAUUUUUUGUGACUGUUAGAGGCGGGAGCUUAUGUUUUUAUUACAGGAUCAUCGGGAGAGUUCUCUCCUAAAACUGAUUAAGAAGUAGUAAAAUAACCCAUUUCGAAAAUGAAUUCAAACGGAACAAAUGCCGAAGAAACCGACUGGAGUGAUGGAGGGAUUCCGGCUGUUCUGCAGGCAUCGACGGAGACCAGCUUGAAAUUUGCUUGCUUAGUGAGAUUUAUAGAAGCAAGUCAUGUUUCUCGAAAAGAAAUCCUUGAAGCUGUCCUUUAUCUGUUGGUUGGUGGCGAGUUUGACAUGGAACUCAACUUUGUGAUCCAUGACGGGGAAUCGGUGGUCCACAUGCUGGCCUUUCUGGACAACUGUCCAUGCAACUUGCAGGCGGAAAUAUGGAGCAUAUUCAUCGCAAUCCUACGCAAGAGUGUCCGUAACUUGCAGGCUUGCACAGAAGUCGGUCUCAUCCAACCCGUUUUGUCACGUCUGAAAACGGCUGAGCCAAUCGUCGCUGAUCUCCUCGUCGAGGUAUUGGGCGUGUUGAGCAGCUACAGCAUCCGAGUAACCGAAUUGAAAUUACUAUUUCGGGCCAUGCGAGCUGAGAACGGUCGCUGGCCGCGUCAUUCUGUCAAGUUACUUCACGUUCUUAGGCAAAUGCCGUUGCGAAGUGGACCGGAAGUUUUCAUAACAUUCCCUGGAAACAAAGGAUCGGCCCUUGUGUUGCCACCUAUGGCUAAAUGGCCGCAGGAAAACGGCUUCACAUUCACCACCUGGUUUCGGUUAGAUCCUGUCAAUGCCGUGAACAUCGAACGGGAGAAACCAUAUCUGUACUGCUUCCGGACUAGUAAAGGAUUGGGUUACUCAGCUCAUUUUGUCGGGAGCUGUCUCGUUUUAACAUCAACCAAGGUCAAGGGAAAAGGAUUUCAGCAUUGCGUCCAAUACGAAUUUCAGCCACGCCGAUGGUACAUGUUGGCGGUGGUCUACAUUUACAACCGUUGGACCAAGAGCGAGAUCAAGUGUUUUGUGAACGGCCAGCUCGCGUCAUCCACUGAAAUGACGUGGUCCAUCUCGACAGGAGAAGCUUGGGACAAAUGCCACAUUGGUGCCACUCCAGAGUUGGACGACGAACGCCUUUUCUGUGGCCAAAUGGCAGCUGUUUACCUCUUUAGCGAGGCCCUCUCUGCCCACCAAGUCUGCGCUAUGCACCGGCUCGGUCCAGGCUACAAGAGCCAAUUUCGUUUCGAGAACGAGACCCCGGUCCACCUGCCAGAUAACCACCGCCGCGUCUUGUACGACGGCAAGUUGGCCAGUGCCAUUGUCUUUAUGUACAACGCGGUUGCUACUGACGGGCAGCUUUGUUUACAGUCUGCUCCGAAAGGCAAUCCAUCUUAUUUCGUCCACACCCCUCACGCUCUCAUGCUUUCCGGUGUCCAGGCCGUCAUCACUAAUUCGGUUCAUAACACGCUGAACUCUAUCGGUGGCGUCCAACUCCUUUUCCCGCUCUUUACGCAGCUGGACUUGGCUGUUGAGAGCUCCGUCGCUGGUGACGUCAAAGAGAAUGGGACGGAAAGUCAAGACGAACGGGAUUACACAGUUUGCAGUAAACUGGUGGCGUUUCUUUGCGAGCUGAUCGAGAGUUCGCCAACUGUUCAGCAACAAAUGAUGCAGAACCGCGGAUUCCUAGUGGUCAGCCACCUGCUGCAGCGUUUGUCACGCAACCACCUGACGCUGGACGUCCUCAAUGCCUUUUUGAACUUGACGAAAUUCUUGGUCACCUCACCAUCACCUAAUGCUGAUAUUCUUCUGAAACAGUUGCUCGAUCACGUUCUUUUUAAUCCAUCGUUAUGGAUUUACGCUACCACCGAGGUACAGACACGCCUUUAUUCCUAUCUGGCCACCGACUUCGUCCACGAUACGCACAUUUAUACGACGGUCCGGAGGGUCUCGACGGUACUUCAAACAGUCCACACGCUCAAGUAUUAUUAUUGGGUCGUCAACCCGCGAUCAGCCUCUGGCAUCACGCCAAAAGGCUUGGAUGGAAUCCGGCCAUCGCAAAAGGACGUGCUGACUAUCCGGGCGCUGAUUCUGCUCUUUUUGAAACAACUGACUAUGAUGGGAGAUGGAAGCAAAGAGGAUGAACUUCAGAGUAUCCUCAACUACUUGACGACAAUGAACGAGGAUGAGAACAUCCAGGAUGUAUUGCAAUUGUUAACGGCCCUGUUGGCUGAAUUUCCAGCCGCCAUGGUACCGGCUUUCGAUGCUAAACAGGGCGUAAGGGCCGUCUUCAAACUGGUGGGUUCUCCUAGCCAGUCAACUAGGCUGAUGGCAUUGAAAAUCCUCGGCUUCUUUUUGGCUCGCUCGACGCACAAGCGCAAGUACGACGUCAUGACGCCGCACAAUUUACACAUGCUGUUAGCCGACAGGCUCUCUAUUCACGAAGAUUGCCUCUCGCUUGCUACCUACAAUGUCCUUUAUGAAAUCCUCACCGAACAAGUGACGCAGCAAAUUCUGCGCGUACGCCAUUCGGAACCAGAGUCUCACGUAAGAUUAGAAAAUCCAAUGAUUUUAAAAGUGAUGGCCACUUUGAUCCGACAAUCGAAACCGUCCGAGUCGUUGAUGGAAAUCAAAAAGAUCUUUCUAACGGACAUGGCGUUUUUAUGCAACAAUAAUCGGGAAAAUCGUCGGACAGUAUUGCAGAUGUCCGUGUGGCAGGAAUGGCUCAUUUCAAUGGCCUACAUUGUACCUCGAACUGCCGAAGAACACCUCGUGUCCGAUAUGGUUUAUUCGCUCUUCCGCACACUGCUGCAUCACGCCAUCAAAUACGAAUACGGUGGCUGGCGCGUCUGGGUCGAUACUUUGGCCAUUGUCCAUUCGAAAGUUUCUUUCGAAGAAUUCAAGCUGCAAUUCGCCGACAUGUACGCCCAUUAUGAGCGUCAUCGAAGUGACCACAUAACGGAUCCUAAUCUCCGUCAACAGCGGCCUGUGAGCACCAUUUCGGGACAAAGGGAAUCUGCAGCUCUAGCAACCAAGGUCACCUCUGAUCCUGAUGUUAUGUCGCCAGCGCCUAUAGUGGAAUUGGCUGACGACGCUGGCCUAGCCGAUCCGACGAUUGACUAUGACGAGCACGUCACUUUAUCAUCGAAAAGUGAAAAAGGUUUCCAAGCAGAAGAAGGGAAGCUUCCCAAUCAACCUCCUGCUGAACAAGUUCCGGUGUCUGUGGACGAGCAAGUUGUCGCCGCCGUCGAAUCAACGGAGCAGAAAAAGGAAAUUGUUAUGCCUGUUCAAGCGGAAGGCACCGAAGGCGAUGCGCACAGCCACGAUUCUCUUGUAGAGUCUUCCACUGAAAAAGUGGGAUCCGGUGGCGCGGAUCAAGAAAUCAAUGAAAUUCAGCACGAUAUUGAAGAAGGAGCAGAUGAGUUCGUAGUUCAUGAAGUUACCGAAGAAGACGAUGUCGACGUUGCCGUGGAAAUGUCUGCGAAUCGUGAUAGCCCAAUUAAAUCUGAAGAGUUAAGCGGUGGAUCUGAAAAUGAAGACAAAGACCGUGGACCUUCCGUCGUUUCCCCAUCGGAUGAAAAAAUAGAUUUGGAAACUUUGAAAAACGACAAAUCGGAUGAUGAAAGCAAAGAACUGGAACCCUCAGUUUCCUUCGAAAUAGAAGAAAAACAAGACCACGAAAGAAUAAACUCCCCAGCGACGCAGUCGGCUGAUGAAGCAGACGGUAACGAAGAAAAGCCAGAACCGGAAUCGAUGGAAGAGCAGAAAAUUAAGCCAGAAACUGUGGAACAUAAACCGUUACAGACCGUAUCGGGAGCGCUGGAUUUACAACUGGAAGAAGAAGCAGAAGGAGAGAGUAUGCCGAGUUCUAUCGAAUCCAACAGUGCACGUAUCCCAGAUCAACCAGCUGUGUCUGAAUCUGCACAAGUCCAAUCCGGCGCUGCAUCCAUGGAUGAUGGAGCCGUUGCAAGUGAUAGCCUUCCGAAAGACGAUGAUAAAGAAAGGCAUUUGUCACCAGAGAAAUCGCGUGAGCCUACCCCGAAAAAAACCAAUAAAAAAGAAGGGGGUCGCGGUAAAACUUCGCAGACGUUCAGUCCAGGCCCUUCCCGUCCUCCAUUCCGUAUUCCGGAAUUCCGUUGGUCGUACGUUCAUCAGCGAUUGCUAUCCGAUUUGCUCGGAUCCAUUGAAGCUGACCUGCACACCUGGCGAAAUCACAGUACCAAAUCGGUGCUGGAAUUCGUCAACAGCGGAGAAAGUGCCAUCUUCGUCGUUAACGCCGUCCAUUUGAUAUCGCAAUUGUCUGAUAAUUUGAUUAUCGCUUGCGGUGGAUUACUGCCUUUAUUGGCUUCAGCUACUUCUCCUCACAGCGAGCUGGAUAUUGUCGAACCGACGCAAGGUCUUCCGGUUGAAGUCGCCGUCAGCUUCCUGCAGCGCCUCUCAGCCAUGGCCGACCUUCUUGUCUUUGCCUCUUCCAUCAACUUGUCAGAACUCGAAUCUGAAAAGAAUAUGGCCACAGGAGGAGUACUCCGUCAGUGCCUGCGUUUGGUGUGCACUUGUGCCGUCCGCAAUUGUUUGGAGUGCAAGGAACGCACUCGGUUGGGGAGCUGGCUCCGCUGUAAUGAGGAGUCGAGUUUGUCGCCCAGGGCGUCCCAUUUGGUUUCACUCAUUAAGGGAGCUCACAGUCACUUCAAACUUCACGCCCAAUCGGCGGAUGGCGAAGACAUUCCUACCUACGGUGGUCCAAUCCGCGACGUUGAACGAUUGCUGCAAGAUUUGGAUGUGAAUCGAUUAAGAGCUGUCAUCUACCGCGAUGUGGAGGAGACAAAACAAGCCCAGUUUCUUUCUUUGGCCAUCGUUUAUUUCGUGUCUGUUCUGAUGGUGUCCAAAUAUCGCGACAUUCUCGAACCGCCUUCUACCGGAUUCAACAGUCCAGGCGCCCUUCACGAACCGGAAUAUAACUCAUCGUCAGCUCCGUGUCAAGCGCGGGGUUCAAGCCGUGAAUGGAUGCACGCCCACGGCAGAACGUCUCAUCAUCAUCAUCAUCAACAGUCUGUGCCGAAUCAUCAGCACCCGCAGAUGUCAGUACGUGUCAAGAACCACGUGUACGGACCAGAGCCGCUUCCAUGGCAACAGUCCAUCGCCAUGGGUCAUAAUGGAAACGGUAUCCUGACGCCGGAUGAAGAACACGCAGCCGACGACGGAAGGAGUGGCGAAGAGGAAGUUGUUGAAAUAGACGAAAUGAAUUCUUCCGUCAUUAGCGAACGCCGGUCUGAGUCCAGUUUUAAAUCUGAGAAACCUUCUACCAAAUCUACGACUUCUGCUUCUAACCCACUUAUAUCCAAUAAUCGAGACAAUACGACAACUAAUUCUCCUGCUUCCAAGAAUGAAGGAGACGGCGUGUCCAUCCGGAGCGGAAAACUCGGUCCGGCUGACACGUCGAGGACCGCAUCGGUUGUAAACGAAGACGAAACGUCCUGGACUGAUGUAAAUCUCGAUGAACAGAGGGAAGAUCAACAGAGAUCAACAACCGGACCAAUGAGUGCUCAGGCUUUAGGGGCUCGAGGUAACCAUCAAGCAGGAGGCUCGUCUGUAGAAUCAGUUUUGAGGCCGUUUAACGUUCCAGCGCUAAACAGCAGUUCGUUGGUAUCGAGAGAAGCUUCGCUAACGCAACAACUAGAAGCAGCUUUGGGAUCAGUCUGCCCGCUCUUGCGUGAAAUUAUGGUCGAUUUUGCUCCCUUCUUAUCCAAAACGUUGCUGGGAUCUCACGGGCAAGAACUGCUGCUGGAAGGCAAAGGACUGAUAACGUUCAAGCAAAGUCAGUCGGUGGUGGAGUUGGUGAUGUUGUUGUGCUCACAAGAAUGGCAAAACUCAUUGCAGAAGAACGCGGGACUCGCUUUCAUCGAGUUAAUCAACGAAGGACGACUGCUCUCUCACGCAAUGAAGGAUCACAUUGUCCGCGUCGCUAAUGAAGCCGAAUUUAUUCUAAACCGAAUGCGGGCCGAAGACGUUGUCAAGCAUGCGGAUUUUGAGACACAAUGCGCUCAGACUUUGCUGGAACGUCGCGAAGAAGAGGGGGUCUGUGAUCACAUCAUUAGUGCCGCUCGUCGCCGCGACGCUUCGUCGGCGUUGCGAUUGGUUGACCGUAUUACGAAUAUCAUCGUAUCGAAACAAGGUGCCUGGGCGCCAUCGUCGCCUAACGACGAUGCCACUAGUUCGACACCUCUUGAAUUUUGGCGGCUGGACGCCUGGGAAGAUGACUCGCGUCGGCGGAAGCGCAUGAUUCGCAAUCCGCUAGGUUCCAGUCAUCCAGAAGCCACGUUAAAAGCUGCCCUAGAACACGGCGCCUCCGAGGCGACCGUAUUACAGGCUGAAGAAGCUCUCCACGCCCAAAUAGCCAAAAGCAAACCGAAUUUGGCGCCGCUCCAGUCGUCUGAUUUGCUGGACGAUGCUGAGCUUUUGGCUGAAGAUCGAGAACUGGAUGCUGAACUGACCGGUCCCGUCAAUUUGAGUAGUCGUGCCAAACUCAUCGCACCGGGUAUCGUAGCGCCCGGUACGCUGUCCAUCACGUCAGCUGAGCUCUACUUUGAAGUCGACGAGGAAGAUGCUGAAUUCCAGAAACACGACCAAGAGGUAUUAAAGUACUGCGAUAAUCUUCAUGGAAAAUGGUAUUUCACGGAGAUACGAGCCAUCUUCACCCGCCGUUAUCUACUACAGAAUGUGGCCAUCGAGAUCUUUUUAGCCAGCCGCACUUCGAUCCUGUUCGCCUUUCCCGACCAAGCCACCGUUAAAAGGAUCAUCAAAGUACUGCCACCCGUCGGCGUUGGUGUUAAAUACGGCAUCCCGCAAUCAAGGCGAGCAUCGAUGAUGUCCUCUCGCCAGCUGAUGCGCUCGUCCAACAUGACACAGAAAUGGCAGCGCAGGGAGAUCUCCAACUUUGAGUAUCUCAUGUUUCUCAACACCAUCGCAGGGCGGACUUACAACGAUUUGAGCCAGUAUCCGGUCUUUCCCUGGGUUUUGACCAACUACGAUUCCAACGAGUUGGAUCUGAGCCUACCCAGUAACUAUCGAGACCUGUCAAAGCCCAUCGGUGCUUUGAAUCCGAGCCGGAAGCAAUACUUUGAAGAGCGACACGCCAACUGGGAGCACGACAGCAUCCCGCCCUUCCACUACGGCACGCAUUACUCUACAUCCGCCUUUGCUUUGAAUUGGCUCUUGCGACUCGAGCCUUACACGACCCUGUUUUUGAACCUGCAAGGUGGCAAAUUCGACUAUCCCAACCGGUUGUUCACUUCGAUGGCCAUGGCUUGGCGCAACUGCCAACGAGACACUUCGGAUGUCAAGGAGCUGAUUCCCGAACUGUUUUACCUGCCCGAGUUAUUGGUCAAUGCCAACCAAUACCAAAUGGGGCAAACGGAGGAUAACGUGACCGUUUCCGACGUGAUUCUACCCCGCUGGGCCAGUAGUCCAGAGGAAUUCAUUCGCAUCCAUCGAAUGGCCCUCGAAUCGGAAAUUGUGUCGUGUCAAUUGCAUCAAUGGAUCGAUCUUAUCUUUGGUUACAAACAAAAAGGUCCUGAAGCAGUGCGAGCAACUAAUGUCUUCUAUUAUUUAACGUACGAAGGCAGCGUCGACCUGGAAAGUGUGUCCGAUCCUGUGACACGAGAGGCCAUUGAGAACCAAAUUCGAAGCUUUGGUCAAACUCCCUCCCAGUUGCUGAUGGAGCCACAUCCGCCCCGCAGUUCAGCCAUGCAUUUGUCUCCACUAAUGUUCAGCUCGGUGACAGAGGAUGUGUGCAUGUCGAUGAAAUUCCUGUCCAACGCAGCUGUUGUCCACUUAUCUGCCAAUACGUAUCCCCAGUUACCUCUGCCGUCUGUCGUCUCCGUCCACGCCAAUUUGCAGUUCGCUCUCAACAGGUGGAAUCCUGCCUAUGCCGCUUCAGGUAACAGUUCGGGUUACGUUGACAAUACCCAAGCCGUCCUCGCCAAUUUGCCCCUCUCGAUGGACCCCGUCCUGUCUACCGUGACUAGCCAGAGCGGCUUCCUGGCUCGUCGUCAUCUAGGAGACAAUUUCAGCCAAAAAGUGCGGAUGCGCUCCAACUGUUUCAUUACAACGGUGGACAGUCGAUUCUUGAUGGCUUGCGGGUUCUGGGACAACAGCUUCCGUGUCUUCACCACCGACACUGCCAAAAUUGCGCAAAUCGUAUACGGUCAUUUUGGUAUUGUGACGUGCCUGAGCCGCUCCGAGUGCAACAUUACAUCUGAUUGCUACAUCGCAUCAGGCUCGGAGGAUUGUACCGUAUUACUGUGGCAUUGGAACGCGCGAACUCAAACUAUCGUUGGGGAAUCGGCCGAUUGCCCGACCCCAAGAGCUGCCCUGACGGGCCACGAAUCUGCCAUUACCAGUGUAGCUGUAUCAGCCGAAAUGGGCCUUGUCGUCAGCGGUAGUCAGGGUGGAUUGGUUUUGGUUCACACGACAUUUGGAGACCUACUGCGGUCGCUGGAACCUCGUGAAUUUUACGGCAGUCCGCAGAAUAUUGUGCUGUCGCGGGAGGCCUUGGCUGCCGUCCAUUACCAGAAAGGCAACAUUGUAACCUACACGGUCAAUGGCAAAACGAUGCGGCACGUCAAUCAUUCGGAUAACAUCCACUGCGUGGCGUUGACACGAGAUGGUGAAUAUCUGGUGACAGCUGGUGAACGGGGUAUCGUUGAAGUCUGGCGACUCUUUACACUAGCUCUACUUUAUGCCUAUCCGGCCUUUGAUAGUCCCGUCCGGUCUUUGGCGUUGUCUCAUGAUAACAAGUACUUGUUGGCAGGCUUGGCAACAGGGUCUAUUGUGGUCCUAAACGUGGAUUUCAAUAAAUGGCACCACGAGUAUCAGCAACGCUACUGAGAAGAAGGAACCGGAGUGGAAGAGAUGCCAUUUGCUUGCGAAUUCCGUUGUUGAGCUCAUUAAAUGUGCCUCGCUAUAACACUUGCGUGGUUUUUCUUGGAUGCCAAGUCGAUGCGCCUGAAAUUCUGUUUAUUUCGCUCCGAAUUUUGACGACAGGUUUUGUCUCAGUCUCAGAAGAUUUCCGGCCAACGGUCUGCCCUCCUAUGCCCCCCCCCCUCCAAUCUUUCCUUUCUUUGUCUCUUUUUCACUCCCUCGUACAUUCCGACGAGACAUCAAUCGAUUCCCUCCCAUCAUGUGAAGGUUGUAGCUUCUACUGACUUUCGCUUUCACUUUAGCCGUACAUAUAUAGAACUAGCUCUCUUCCCUCCCGUUUGUUUAUUUUUCGCGUAUGCAAGAUCAAUUUCCUGGGGUGAUUUUCAAAAGGUUUAGUGGUUGUUUUUAUUUGAUUUAGAUGUCUAGUCACACAGUGCGCUCCGGCCAUUUCAAUAUUCCCAUCCCUUUUUGUCUUAUACAUACAGAAAGAAAAGUGAAGCAAACGCGAAUUCAGUCCUCGUUUUAUUCGUGCUGUGUACUGUACUGGCUACUGAAAUUUUCCGUCUUUGUCCUAUAUAUAUUUUCUUCUAUCCCAUGUUAGUAUUCCGCCAAAAGUUUGUGUGGGGGGGUUUGCAAUACACUAGCUCUUUUACUUCAUUGA